AUCGUCGUCUUUAACGGAUGCCCUCUCCGAGGAAAGAGAGGAAAGCUCGAGAGAGGGACGAUGUGGGAAUCCAUAUGUUUGACGCUCAUGGCGGCGGCGGGGAACAACAUCGGCAAGGUUCUACAGAAGAAGGGCACCGUCAUCCUCCCUCCACUCUCCUUCAAGCUCAAGGUGAUCAGAGCAUAUAUUUUGAACAGAUUGUGGGUAAUAGGAUUUCUCAUGGAUAUAUCUGGGGCCAUCUUGAUGUUGAGGGCUUUGUCUCAAGCUCCGGUUUCUAUAAUACAACCUGUCUCUGGUUGUGGUCUUGCUAUAUUGUGUGUCUUUUCUCAUUUUUAUCUCAAGGAAGUCAUGAAUGCUCUUGAUUGGAUAGCGAUAACUUUGGCUGGUGCUGGCACAAUAGGAGUUGGCUUUGGAGGAGAGGAGCAACGUAUUGCCACAGUCUCUCUUUCUCAUUUACCCCUACUUGGUUUCUCAGUUGCCUUGUUGUUUGCACUUCUGAAUACAUGGCUUCACAUCUACAAAAGUCGAAGGCAAGAGCAGGAACUGAUGCAUUCUGAAGUAACUGAAGAAAUUAUAUUUGGUUUGGAGUCGGGCAUUCUAUUUGGAAUGGCGUCUGUCAUAUCAAAGAUGGGUUUUGUACUUACAGAACAGGGUUUCUCAAAGUUCAUGCUACCUAUGUGCAUCUCCAUUAGCUUCUGCUGCAGUGCAAUUGGUUUUGUUUACCAGACCCGAGGUCUGAAGCAUGGAAGGGCUAUUGUGGUAUCCACAUGUGCGGCUGUAGCAGCCAUUGUUACUGGUGUUCUGGCUGGUACGAUUGCUCUGGGUGAACAUAUACCUUCUUCUCCAGUUGCUCGGAUGUCUCUCUUGUUUGGAUGGUUAUUUAUCAUGCUUGGUGUCAUUUUGCUUGUGAGUUCAUCUCGGUUGAUUGCACUUCUACCUAGGCAUUUGCAGCGCCAUCUCAAAAGAAACCUCGAGAGGAAUCAUAGUCUUAGGCGGUCUGCCUCAAUCCGUGCUAAGGAUCCCACGAGCCCAAGUGCAGUUAUUCAUGCAUCAACUUAGCAUCAGCUAAUAACAUCUCCAGUCAAAACAAAGCCAUAAUGGAGCCAGAAUUCCAUUAACUUUUUGUGAUGAUAUUUCUGUAUGGUGAUCAGCUCAGUUUUGAGUUUUAAAUAUGGUACUUUUGAUUUUUCCCUUUAAUUCCCUACCCGACAGAUGGAGAAGAAUGGGUUUGUUGUCCACUACUCUCUUUCUGUGGUGGUUUUGAGUAUUGAAUUAUGUUUCUAUUACAAUAAGCAAGAUAUCUGAGAAUAAAUGGUUAAGAUCUCAUAUAGUUC